CCUUCUACAUAUAUUCACAAUUUGUAGGUAGUACAAGAACUGAAAAAUAAUUUUUGGUUGCCAGUAUACCUGUAGUCGUUGCACUGAUCAGUCGAUAGUUUUGUGAUAAAUUAUUUCUCAAGUGAAUUAAAUUAUUAACCAUGGGACGUGAUUCUAGAAAGGUUUCAAGAGAACUUCGGAGUUCUGAAAAAAUUAAUAAGUCGCGUUCAGUCAAAAGAAAGAAUGUUUUUAAUCCGAAAACAGCCGAACGUGAUGAAAGUAUUCAGAGUACAUCUUCUAAAAAAUUAAAACAAAACACUGAAGAUGAUGUACCUGAAGACAGCAGUACUGAAUUUCGAAUAAUAAAUUUUAUUCAGGUAUUCACUGCAAUUUCUGCUCUUAUAAAAUGUAAAAAAUGUGAUGGAAAUGUAGUGUUUCAAACAGCAAGUACACGUGGGCUGGGAUUCAAAAUUGUAGUUGCAUGUAAUAACUGUGGAAAUGAAUAUAUUCCUUCCUGUUCUUUCGUUGGGCAUUCUUAUGAAAUAAACAGACGUUUCAUUUUUGUAAUGAGAAUACUAGGAAUAGGAUACGAAGGAUUGUGCAAGUUUUGCGGCCUGAUGGACAUGCCGUCUUUUUUAGAUAAAUCUACGCAUACAAUUUUACUGAAACAGAUUUUGAAUUGUAGUAAAGCCGUCGCAGAAACCUUCAUGACGAAAGCUGUGAAUGAAGAAAAGCAAGCAAUGCCAACAACUGAAAAUGAAGAUAUAAAUCAUCUAACUGUAUCGGGAGAUGGAACCUGGCAAAAACGGGGAUAUACAUCGUCAUUUGGAGUUUCUUCUAUAAUUGGCUAUUUUACUGGAAAGAUUCUUGACAUAAACAUUAAAAGUGCAUAUUGUAAGCUAUGUGAGUAUUGGAAAAAAAAAACAAAUACUGUUGAGUUCGAGGAAUGGUAUCAAUCGCAUGAAGAUGUGUGUUCUGCUAAUCAUCAAGGGUCUUCUGGGAAAAUGGAGGUGGAUGCGAUGGUCGAAAUGUUUUCGUAUUCUGAAACUAAAUAUGGAGUUAAGUAUGCCAACUAUAUUGGUGAUGGUGACUCCAAGACCUAUUCAGGAAUUAUAAAAUCAGAUCCUUACGAAAAUACAACUGUAAAUAAAAAGGAAUGUAUAGGGCAUGUCCAAAAGCGGAUGGGGAGUCGAUUACGUACGCUGAAGAGUAAACAAAAAGGUCUUGGUGGUCGAGGUAAGCUCACAGGAAAAUUAAUAGACAAACUAACUGUGUACUAUGGUUUAGCAAUACGCCGGCAUUGUGAUUCUAUUGAAAAUAUGAAAUCUGCUAUAAUGGCAACCUUUUAUCACUACGGCUCGAGUGAUGAAAAACCGAAUCAUGAUAUGUGUCCAAAAGGCGAAGAAUCUUGGUGCUCUUACCAGCGCGCUGAAGCAAGAGGAGAGCUUGAUACCUUUUCUCACGAUUAUUCUCCUUUACCUUCUGAUGUUUUAAAAGCUAUCAAGCCUAUAUACGAAGAUCUUAGUAAUGAAAAUUUACUUUCAAGAUGUGUAGGUGGAUUCAAUCAGAAUAAUAAUGAAAGCUUUAACCAACUAGUAUGGAAAAUAUGCCCAAAAACGUCUUGAUGAAUACACUAGGACUUAAUUGUGGGCCUAAUUCUCAUCGGUAUGCAGAAAGAAUGGAUGCUGCACGUAUCAAAGUAGCAGAUAAGCGCGCUAAUGAUAACACCCGAGAAGGUCGAUUGCAACGUAGGCACCAGCAAAUCGAUAUUUUGGAAGCUGCUAUGUCGGCUGAAGAGCUAUUAUAUGGUCCAGGAAUAGAUGACUCAGUAUGAAUCUCCAAGGACUUAUGAUGAUCACCGCAAAGGACUUCGGGAGGAACGGGCUCUACAAAAACAGCGAUAACUUUUUGAAUUAUUAAUUUUUUUUUUUGAAAUUUUCGUGAAGUCAAAUCGAAACGUGUUCUAAUAAAGCUAUGUUUUUAUUUUUGUCAAAUAAAGUAAUUAACUACAAAAAAAAAAUUAUUGAAAAUCAUCAUUUUUUCAUACCCCUGAGUA